CCCCCCCCCCCUUUUACCUUCUCAUUUACUUUGUGUGCAUUCUCUGAUUUUCUUUCACUUUCCUUUUCAUCCCACCUUCUUUCUCUCUCUCUCCACCCCAAAAUAUUAUUAUUUCAUCUUAUUACAGACGGGUCCAGCGGAAAAAAAAAUCAAAUCUUUAAUGUGUUUUUUCUUCGGUGUCAUGAAUGUAACGGAGAGGAAAAGGAUCAUGAAAGGGCUUGUUAUCGAUUGCGUAAAAGCUUCUGAGACUAUUUAAUGUGAGAGAAAGCCUUGGCUUCCUGAACUCAGAGAGAGAGAGAGAGGUUUUGGAGGUGGGUUUGCCCCAGAUCCAGGGAACUCGAGCAAUACGUGAAAAAAGGAGCAAUCUUUAUUUUCUUCGAUAGGGAAGGAGAUUGAAGAGGAGAAGAGAGCUGGAGAAGCUUAUCCAGGUUCCUGAAGGGGGAGACUGUCUAAUUUGGGAAAUGGUUUCUAUUUGUGGAAGCCUGGAUCCGUCAUGGUUGACCAGAUCUGUGUAAACCACACGCUGCUUUAUCCGGAAAUCUAAAUCGCUUGCCUGUUAGUGUAUCUCCUUUGAGGCAUGGAAGAUGGUUUCCUCCAUAACAUUGUCCUUGUCCGAAUCCUGUCCUCGCUGAUAGGUGACCAGCUUGUCCAACAAUGGUAGGGUCUUGUUCUGUCGGAGGGUGGUCCGGUGGCGAAUUCUUGCGAUAUCUUGACAGAGAAUCCGAUGGAAAAGAUGAUUACUCCGGUGGUUGUGGCGAUCGGACUUUCUAGUUUCGUCUUCGAUAAUCCUGUGAUAGCUGCGGAUAUGGAUACUACAGGACUCGAGCCUUCAACAAUGGAGGCUGAUGCCCCUUUACCAGAUAAUGUAAGCAAGGAUUCUGACAGUGAGGUUAAGGAAGUGGAAGCUACUUCUUUGGAUGGAGUGUCUGAAACUAAGGCUGAGUUAGUUGUAGUUGUUGAUGAUGUUAUGAGGGAGAUUGAGGAAUGUGAUGCUCUGUCACUUGAGGGCGAUUAUUCGCAUUCUUUGGCUAGCGAGACUAGUAGCUUAUGUGGAGAUGAUUUCCCGGGUUUCGAGUUUGCUUCUGACAUGGGAAUCCUUGGUGCUUUAGACAUUGUUUCAAUGGCCGCUGUUUCGGACAUGAAUUCAGACAUUGCUACUAACCCUGGAAGUGUCUCUAGAGAUGAACCAUCUUCUGUUGUUCUUCGGUUGGCAGCGGAGAAACCAGUGGCACGAAGUGUCUUUGAGGUUGAAUGUAUCCCGUUGUGGGGAAUCACGUCAAUAUGCGGAAGGAGACCCGAGAUGGAAGAUGCUUUUGUGGCCAUGCCUCAGUUCCUGAAGCUUCCGAUUCAUAUGCUAAUUGAGGACGGAGUUCUUGAUGUAACGAGCAACCGCUAUUCCGAGCAAACGGCUCACGUCUUCGGGGUUUAUGAUGGUCAUGGUGGCUCACAGGUUGCAAACUAUUGCCGUGGGAAUCUGCAUUCGGUUCUUGCUAAGGAGAUCGAGCUUGUCAAAGAAAGGAUCAGUAACGUGAAUGCGAAGCAAAGCUGUACUGAGCAGUGGAAACAAGCGUUGGCCAACUGUUUUAUCAAGAUCGAUGCCGAAAUCGGGGGAAAGCCCGAUAAAGAACCAGUUGCGCCAGAAACUGUCGGUUCAACCGCAGUUGUCGCUAUCAUCUGUUCUUCCCACAUCAUCGUAGCAAAUUGCGGUGAUUCGAGAGCAGUUCUCUGCCGCGGGAAAGAACCCGUCGCUUUGUCAGUGGAUCAUAAACCAAACAGAGAAGACGAGUACUCAAGAAUUGAAGCUGCAGGAGGAAAAAUCAUAGAGUGGAACGGGCACCGCGUUUUCGGUGUUCUUGCAAUGUCGAGAUCCAUCGGGGACAGAUACCUGAAACCGUGGAUCAUACCGGACCCGGAGGUCGUGUUCUGUCCCCGGGCAAAGGACGACGACUGUCUGAUCCUAGCGAGCGACGGUUUAUGGGACGUAAUGACGAACGAGGAGGCCUGCGAGGUCGCCCGGAAACGCAUAAUGGUGUGGCACAAGAAGAACGGGGUCGAGGGUCUGCCUCGGGACAGAGGCAAAGGCGUCGAUCCAGCGGCUCAGUCCGCGGCGGAGUAUCUGUCGAACCGAGCUCUUCAGAAAGGGAGCAAGGACAAUAUCACUGUCGUGGUCGUGGAUUUGAAGGCGCAGAGGAGGAAGUCCAAGAACAGGCCUUGAAUUUGGGGUUUGAUCUUUGAUGGAUGCGGAAUUAUUAUUAUCAUUGUGUAUAUCGUUUAGGAUGUUUGUGGGUUUUCCCAGUAUAUUGUAGACUUGUACUAGGAGCCAAAAAAAUGAUGAAAAGUCCCACGUUUUUUAUACGAUGGAAUUAUUAUUAUUA